AAAUACUAGUACUAGUUGAAAGGGCCAUAAACUACUCUGAUCUAUUUCUGAACUCUAGUUUCCCUAUAUAAAACCCUCUUCUCAUGCAUCGACUCUUGCUUUAUAUUAUAUCUGCUUCUUCUAUUUCUUUCUGUUGAAUUGCUGCCACCCUUUCUGUUUCACAGGAGUUGAAACAAAAUAAAAUGGAAGAAACUGCUUUCUUCUCUAUGUAGAUUUUGGCAGAGAAAGAUAAUAUAUAAUACUUUUUUUUCUUUCUUUAUUUAUUUAUUAAAAGUAUUGUAAUCUAUAAUGCCAGUUCCACUUGCUCCUUAUCCAACACCACCGGCUCCACAUACUCCUCCAUCCGCAAAUGCAGGUCAACAGAGUCAACUUGUGUGUUCUGGCUGUAGAAACCUUUUGCUCUAUCCGGUUGGAGCCUCCUCUGUUUGCUGUGCUGUUUGCAAUGCAGUCACCGCCGUGCCGCCUCCCGGAACGGAAAUGGCCCAGUUAAUCUGUGGAGGCUGCCAUACAUUACUAAUGUACAUCCGUGGCGCAACAAGUGUCCAAUGCUCAUGCUGUCACACUGUGAAUCUAGCCAUGGAAGCAAAUCAGGUGGCACAUGUCAAUUGUGGCAGCUGCAGGAUGCUACUGAUGUACCAAUAUGGAGCAACAUCUGUUAAAUGUGCAGUUUGCAAUUUUGUAACUUCAAUUGGGGCAUCAACAAGCAUCACAGAGCAGAAGUUCAGCAACUAAAUCAAACUAUAUAUAGAGCAAAGUUAAAUGAUACAGAGACUCUACUAUCUUGGUUUUGCUAGUUACAUGUUGUUGGCCAUAAGAAUAAAGACUUUGUAAAGAGUACCAUAUUAUGAGAGAGGGAACUCUCCACAUUUUAUGGAGUUACUUUUCUCUGCGUGAUUGAUUUGUUUGUUUGUUUUUGU